CUCAGCUGCUGAGAUACUGCUGCAGGUGCAUUAGUUCGCUGCUCGAGCUCAGAUUAAAGAAGACAGAUCUCCGCGGGCUUCGAUCACAUCUUGAAAAUGGAAGAAUUGAUGAAUGGUUUAAAUUUGGUCCUACUGGGAAAACAAGGAGAUGGGAAAAGUGCAACAGGAGACACAAUACUAGGACGAAAAGCUUUCAAGUCAAAGAAAACAUCUGAAUCCGUUACAGAAGAUAUGGUGGAAGAAUCUGGAACUGUCUCCGGUCUACAGGUCACCAUUCAUGACACACCAGGAUUCUCUGACAUUAAGCUAAAGGAGAAUGACAUUCAGCAGAAAUACGAGAGCAUUUUUCAGAAAUGUGAAUCAGGUCCCUGUGCGUUUCUCCUGGUCGUCAAAGCUGCCAGGUUCACUGAAGAAGACAGAAAAACUGUGGAGAAGAUUGAGAAGCUCUUGGGACAAGAGCGUCUCCAGAAAACCUGGAUUCUCUUUACCAGAGGAGAUCAACUGGAGGAUGAAAACUUGACAAUAAACGAGUUAAUAAAUGAAAAUGAACAUCUGAAAAAACUCCUUCAGAAAUAUGACCAGAGAUACCAUGUGUUCAACAACAAGAAAAAAGGACACAGUGGACAAGUUACACUGCUGCUUGCAAAAAUUCUCAAGACGUGUCUUAAGAAAACAGAAAAAGGAGAUGGGAAUCUGGAGCAGCCUCCACCAAAUGGAUGCAAAUUAAUGUCAAAAAAUGCUAACGAAUCCAUAAGGAUGGUGCUCCUGGGUGAAACUGGUGCAGGAAAGAGUGCAGCCGGUAACACCAUACUGGGACAGAAGGUGUUCAAAUCUGCGGUAACCAAUAAAUGUUUAAAGAAACGCACCACGGUUGCAGGCAGGAUAGCGUCUGUAGUUGAUACACCUGAUUCAGCUUUUCUCAUUGCAUUUCCUGCGAACAUGAGGUUUACUGAGCGUGAGGGGCAGAUUCUUCAGAUGGUCCAAAUACUGUUUGGAGAGGAUGCGUUAAAAUACUCCGUCAUUGUCUUCACUCAUGGGGAUCAGUUAGAAGGAGGGUCCAUUGAGAAACUUAUUGAGAGGAACUGUGCAUUAAGACAUCUAGUACAGCAGUGUGGAGACAGGUAUCAUGUUCUCAACAAUAAAAACAGUGAAGAUAGAGAGCAGGUCAAUCAUCUACUGCUGAUGAUUGACAGAAUGAUAGAGCAGAAUGGCGGAUACUACACUAAUGAGAUGUUUAAAGAUUCUCAACAAGGGGAAGAACAGCUGACACAAAGGAGGAGGAGAAAAAUAACCAGACAAAGAAACUCUGGAUAUUCUUUUUUAUCAGGGGAUGGCCAUAAUAUUGACUUGUCAGUCGUUGUAGUUAGUGUAGCUACUGGAGUUGGUCUUGGAGCUGUUUGCGGAGCUCCUGCUAUUGGUGCAGCCUUUAGUGGAGCUGGUAGUGGAGCUGGUAGUGAAGCUGGUAGUGGAGCUGGUAGUAACUCUAUCUGUGGAAUUAUUGUUGGAGCUGUUGGUGGUGGUGUUGGUGGGAUUGCUGGUGGUGUUGUUGUUGGUGGAGCUGUUGGUGGGAUUUCUGGUGGAGUUGUUGGUGGAGCUGUUGGUGGGAUUGCUGGUGGAGUUUUUGGUGGAGCUGUUGGUGGUGGUGUUGGUGGGAUUGCUGGUGGAGUUGUUGCCUUGGCAACUGCAUUGCAUCUGUGA